AUGAUAAUGUAUAGUUAUUCGAUUUUAUUUGCUCUUCUUCUCUCAUUAUUCAUAUUAAUUAAUGGUCAAAAAAGUGAUGAUCGAGAAUUACCUGCAGUAUCAUAUACAGCUGGUCGAAGUUCAAAAACAAUAUUUGACACACAAUUUUCUCGCGGUCGUUGUCCAGAACGAUUUUAUCAAUUAGGUGAAGAAUGUUUAUAUUUUUCUAUUGAUGGUAAAAUUUAUUCAUGGCAAAAUGCAGAUCGUGUAUGUGCACGACGUAUAGGUGGUAUUUUACAGCAACAAUCAGCAUCAAAUCCUGAUCAACCAAAUAUGCAACCAACUAGAGGUGUAAGACAAUUAACAUUAAAUACUCCUGAAAAAACUGAAAUAUUACGAGCAUUUUAUCAACAAUAUAAUGAACAAAAUUUUGCUAUUCGUCUUCCAUAUGAUUAUAAUAUAUUACAACGAUGUAAUGAUGGACAAGAUGACAAAUGGCCAACCUAUUGUACAAAUAUACCGUAUUCAAAUGCAACAUGUUUUGAAGCAAUAUCAAAUAAUGCAAAUGAUACGUGUUUACGAGAAGUUGAUUGUAAUCAAAGAUAUUUAAGACUUGCAUGUGAAUUUACGUUACCUGGAAGUCCUGAAUUAAUAGAUUCACGAUUUCGUCAUUGUACAAAAAUUCUUGGUCGUCAUCGUCGUCGUUUACCAAUGUGGGCAUGGAUUGCAAUAGCUAUUAGUAGUGCUAUAUUACUUUUAAUUAUUCUUGGUGGUAUUAUUGCAUUCAUAUCGAAAUCAAAAAAUAAGGAUUCAACACGAAAGAAAAAAUUUUUACCUGAACCACCACCUCGUCGAGAUGAAACAAUUGUUCGAGUUCCACCAAUACGUGUAGAUCCAGCUACUGAACCAAUGCUUACUCAAUCUGCUUCAUCUAAUACAGAUUAUUUACAACCUCGAUCAUUAACAAUAGAAAACACUGCAAAUGCUUAA